AUGGGGAUUAAGUCAAAACCUUUCAAUUUGUCUUUUCUUUUUUCCUUCUGCUCACCAACCCUAAUUAUUUUAAAAUUAUUUUCUGUGAUACUCUCAAAACUCAUUCUCAAUCUUUCUUUCUUUCUUUUUUUCCUUUUCUUCAUUCUCUUAUUUCCAUUUGUUUCUAUCUUUCUUUCUUUUUCGUUCUUUAUUGAUUUAUUACCACCCGAUUCUUAUUUUUCUUUUUCUUUCUUUUUUCCUCUCUUUCUUUUUUCCUUUCUUUCUUUCUUUCUUUCUUUCUUUCUUUCUUUGUCUUUCCAUUUAGUUCAUUCAUUUAUUUUCCAUAUUUUUCAUUCAUUAAUUCUUUCUUUCUUUCUAUAUGAUUCAAUUAUUUUCCUUUCUUUUUCUUUCUUUCCUUAUUUAUUUAUUUAUUAUUCAAUUUCUUAUUUUCUUUUUUCUUUCUUUUUCUUUCUUUCUUUUUUCGAUUUAUCCAAUUACUUUUUUUCUUCUUUCUUCUUUCUUUUUUGUUCAUUCCCUUAUUUUCUCUCUUUCUUUCUUUCUUUCUUUCUUUGUCUUCCCUUCCAGUUCAUUCUCCUAUUUCUUCCUUCAUCCUCGUUUCUCUUCGAUGCCCCUUCCAUUUUCCCGCCUUUUAUUCACCUGCAUCCGGGUCCAUCAUUGCUAAUAUUUUUAUUUGCAUUUGUUGCUCUGCCUUAUUAA